UUCAUCAACAUUCGUCAAGUAAACAAAUGCCUUCUUACCAAACAAUCCCAGCCAAUCCAAACCAUGUCUAAAAAAGUAUGUGCAUGAUGUAACGCGAUUCUUGAAAUACCAUAACAACGCCCUAUUCAAUCCAGUUGUAUCAUGUCUCUGGCCAUGAUUGUGACCUCGAGGCAUCUAGCCCAACCUCUCUUAAAGAGUUCCUAUAUUCAAGGACUGUUCCGAAGACCGCCUAUUCGCACUCAGUUCGACUUCUCAAAGCGGGGCUCAAACCGACCUCUGCCCAAAACUCGGAAGCAACAGUCUCGUACCACACUAUUUUAUGUCAUGUCCAUGGCAAUUGGCACAGUUGGUCUAUCGUAUGCGGCCGUACCAUUAUAUCGGAUUUUCUGUCAAAGUACGGGCUACGGUGGAACAGUGAAACAAGGUCAUGACGCUGAAAAAGUGGCCGAACUGGAGCCCAAGAAGAAUCGCCUAAUUCGGGUGGAAUUUAAUGCCGAUACAGCCGCUACCAUGCGUUGGAACUUCCGUCCUCAACAAUCCGUGAUCUAUUUAAAUCCCGGAGAGACGGCCUUGGCCUUUUAUACGGCAAAAAAUCCAACCGAUAAGCCGAUUGACGGAAUCAGCACUUACAACGUAGUUCCAUACGAAGCGGGACAAUACUUCAAUAAGAUUCAAUGUUUUUGCUUAGAGGAACAACGGUUAAAUCCGAAUGAAGAGGUGGAUAUGCCCGUGUUCUUCUAUAUCGAUCCAGAUUUUGAUUCCGAUCCGUUCUUGGAGAAUGUCGACUCUAUUGUUCUUUCGUACACGUUCUUCGAGUCGAAACCCGGUAUGAAGUUACCCCUUAAUCCGUACGUCACUAAAUCGUGAGACUAAACUUGAGCAGGAAUCGGUCAGUGAGGCUGAAUAAGUGGGUUUCAUUUCAUUAGAAGACAUUUUUAGUGAUCGGAUGAACAGGACAAUAAGAGCCAUUGGUGGUCAAAUGUUUGUGAAUUCGAUACAAUAAAAAGUCGUUCUUUUCUA